UAGACAAUGAAAGCUUGUAAUUGUAACCGCGUAUCAUCGAGAGUUACCUUUUAUGUUGACUUAAUCGUUUUAAUUAAUAUUGUUAUUACGUUGUUUAUGCGUUCAAACAUUCUCCCAUCGAUUUCGAACUCGUAUAUAUACGAGGGAUUUGAUCAGAAAGGUAUCAGUUCUUGCAACAGCAUCCUAACAAGAUGAAGGCCAUCUCAACGAUCAUUAUUGUAUUCACGUUGGCUAUUGCCACGGAAUCAAUGAUAAACACGAAAAAACAAAAACGUGGCGUAGCACUUUUUGGUCCACCCGGUUACGACGUUUUCGGUGUUGUGCCAGCUUAUGGUACCACUUCUUGGGCACCAACCGGUUUCGGCAAUGUUCCAUGGAAUACCCCAUCCUCUCCUGACAUUGCCCUUGCACAAGUUCAAGCACAAGCGACUCACAACGUGGCCUUGCAAACUCUAAAGGAUCCAUCACCUGGAACACCAAGCAUUGCUUAUCCACCGGAAGUCAUGAAAGCUAUACAGCAGGCUAAAGAAGCUAAUCAUAACGUGUUCAUGGCUCAACAAAGAGUGGCAGAGGCUAAAGAAGUUGCAGUGGUGCAACAAAAGAUUGCACUUGGCAAAGAAGCUGCUGCGAGGGAAGCGGCUUUAAGAUCGCAAGAAAUUUCAUCGCAUGCUCAAGAAGAAGCCAGAGCGAGUGCUAAGCAAUUAGUAGCUGCGCAGCAGAGACUGGCAACCUUGAAAGAUGCCGUGGCCGCUGCACAACGGGUUGCAGCCGCAAGGGAGGCUGCCGCGGCUGCAGCCAUUCAGAGAAAUGCCGCUGAUACUGCGGCAGAAUUGAGAAAACAAGAUGUUGAUAAACAGAUCUCCCAGAGUGAGCAAGAAGCUAAGGAAAAAGAUAUCGUCGCGGCAAAGGAAAAUGCUGUUGCAAAUGCAGUAGAACAUGCGGCAUUUGAAAAACCUGUACACCAUCCCUGGGGUUGAUGAUAUAAGAGAAAAAUAUGGAGCACUAAAUCAAAAAUAGCAAAUUUAUAUAUAAUUCUUGU